AUGGAUGAAAAUUCACCACUAAUUCAACGUAGCAAGUCGGUAGCAGCUUACAAUCGAGAUUUGUCGGAUUCUUCGGAUAGACAACAGAAAACUCCCAAAAGUUAUUCAAUUUCAAAGAAACCCUCAAUAUAUACUAAUUUAUUAUCCGUACCAAUCCAUUUCGAUCGUAUCUCUGAAAAUGCUGAAGCUUGGGUGAAGAAGCACAUAAUAAUCACCGGAAGCUUUGAUGCAAUGAGUUUAUUUGAAUUUUUACGUGAAUUCUUUUGUCAAGAUCAUGGAAUGACCACUAUGAAUACUUUCGCUUUGAUUCUGAAUCCGGAUGAGCCUGAUGAUGAUACUGCAUUGUUAUUAGAAGAUCCUGCAUUUGUCAAUAGAGUCCAAUACAUUAAAGGGUAUUUACACUGUGUUUUAACUACUACUAUUUUCUUAUUUAAAAAACUUCAAUUCCAUAUAUUUUUUGGUAGAUCUCCUGCAUUUCGUAGAAGUCUUGAAAAAGUUAAAGCAGAUACUGCCAGUGCUGCAUUUUUACUAUCUCCAAAAUUUUCAAGUAAUAGAGAUAAAGAUGAUGCCGCACAAAUAAUACGAGCCUUGGAUAUUUUAUGUAUUGAUGAAAUUUCCAUGGGUCUAAUGGCACAAAGUUUGGUCACACCUGGAUUUGCAUCUCUAAUUGUGCUUCUUACCAUAUCUAUUACGGACCAAAUUGCACAUGAACUGAAAGUCAAUGCAAACCAUAUUAAAGGAGCAAAUACUUGGGCGAUCGAAUAUAUUAAUGGUGCUCAAUACGAAAUCUAUGCUGCUUCACUUUCAGACUAUUUUGUCGGAAAGACAUUCUUGGAAUGUUCAGAAAUCAUAUACACCCAACUAGAUGCUACCUUAUUUGCUAUUGGAGCCGCAAAGACAUUACGACUGGCUCAGUUUAAUAAACCUGAUCACGAAGGAAAUUUGACUCAAGACACGGAGUCUGUUGUUAUACAAUCAACGCAUAAAUUAGAUGAUGACGGACAGUACUCUUUUAAUGAUGCGUUUAGUGUACCAAUAA